AUGCACAACAGACUAAAUCCGUAUUCUUUUCAUAUCACAAUAUCACCUCAAAGUGAUCACAACACUAGUCAGAAGGAAAAAAUUUUGUACAAUACUGUCAAAUCAUCAACAUCCUUGGAUGUCCAAGGUUCUUCUUCGACCUCAGCUUCAACCAACUCUAGCAUUCCUUAUAUGCUAUUUGUGUAUCGCGAAGAAUUACGCAAAUCACAGGCUCGUUUACUCAAACUAUCGAAAACCAAGUUGAAUUUGACGCAGGAAAUGGUCUCCUAUUCUGUGGAUCACAUAACGGAGUACAAUGUAGAUGAGCUUAUCACCAUUAAUCGACAGAUAUCCUUUACUCGCAAACUGAAGACUCACAUGGACCAGAUGAAAAGACAAAUGUUAAGAGUGCGCUGUGUAACACAAUCACCUUUGGCUGCCAAGAGAUGUGUAACAUCAUAA